AUAGACCUUUGCGCUAUCUUUCUCUUAGAUGCGAUUUUUAGUAUACUAGCUUGGCGUCCUACACCCCAAACUACGCGCUGUGUCGGCUUCGGCCUCGUCAACGUUGACGGGUUUAUUUUAUCCUCCUUGUAGAGUUAUAUCAUCAUAGUGGUUUAUCAAUCGCACUUCACAGAAAUUCUAGUAUCGCGAACUAAUACGCCUGAACUGACAUGAAAUCCUGGGAGCUUCUGUGCGACGAGCCGCAACCUACGAAUGAUUCAGGCCCUCUACCAGAGUUUGCAUACGAGCCGUUAGCAUCACCCCAAGGAUGUAUUCGCCUCAUUAACAUCCUCGAGGUUUCCACAGAUGGCACCAUUAUAUGCGCCAUGAAAGAAAAGCAAUUCAAUCUCAAUUCAGGAAGUUACAAUGCUCUUUCAUAUUGCUGGGGCCCGUCCAGACCUCAAUAUCGAAUCAUCGUCAAUGAUAAAGUCCUGUAUGUUCGAGAGAACCUUAGGGAUUUUAUGUAUGCUGCGCGCACAGCUCACGAGGAUGCUUGUCAUGAUAUAUGGAUUGAUGCUAUAUGCAUCAAUCAAUCAGACCUUGCUGAGAGAGCUAUCCAAGUUGGCCAAAUGCACCAUAUAUUUUCCAAUGCAAGAAUCGUCUACGCUUGGAUAGGAAACUGGGACAUGAGAUUUAGCUCAGCCUUCCAAAAACUUGAAGAACCCAAUGCAGAUAGUGAGCCGGCUCUUUCAACCUGUAAUAAAUAUUCAAGUGUACACAUUUCUAUGCGGCACUUGUUCGCACGAGACUACUGGAGCCGGAUGUGGAUAGUCCAGGAAAAUAUCCUUGCUUCCAACAUUCGCCUCCUUUGUGGCAGCAAGUCAUUA